AUGAUGAAGAACUUCAUCACCAUCGCUGCCUUCGCUGCCAGCACCAACGCCCUCGUUAGCCGUAGCGACAGCUGCUGCUUUCACCUCACCUCUUCCGGUGGUGCCUCCGGCGAACUUGGCCAGCUAAGCGAUGGUCAGAACCGCAUUGGAGACAGCAGCCUGUCGCCCGCUCAAUACUGCAUCGAUUCUACAGGUGCUAUCACUGACUCAAACGGCCGUGGCUGCAUUCUCACCCCCCCUACUACUCAGUUCCAGUGUGAUGAGGGUGCUUCCCCCACUCCUGGCUUCUCUCUUAGCUCCCAGGGUGAGCUCGAGUACAACGGUAGCAAGGACUUUGUUGCCUGUGCCACGGGCCAAAACGGUGGUCUGAACGUCUACACUGCCCCCAACAAGUCCGAUGUCACCGGUUGCGUGAACGUGGAGUUGACUGCCGACUCAUGUUCAAACUCGGGCUCUGGUUCUGGCAGCUCGUCGUCAUCUGCUAGCGCUGCUCCCUCUUCUGUCGGAUCUUCCAGCGCUCCUUCAACCUUCUCUUCUGUCUCGUCCAGUCCAGGUUCUGGCUCUGGCUCUGGCUCUGGCUCUGGCUCUGGCUCUGGCUCUGGCUCUGGCUCUGGCUCUGGCUCUGGCUCUGGCUCUACCGCCCCUGCUCCCACGGCCACGGGCUCUGGCUCCGGCUCUACCGCCCCUGCUCCCACGGCCACGGGCUCUGGCUCCGGCUCUACCGCAUCUGUUCCCACGGGCUCUGUUCCUUCUCCAUCUAGUGCUGGUGGAGGCUCACAGCCCAGCGAUUCUAACAGUGGAUCUGUCCCCACCAGUUCCGCAUCUUCUACUACAGCGACUGGAUCCUCUAGCAGCUCUUGCCCCACUACUCUUACUACUGGCAGCUACGAAUACCCCCACCUGAUUGUCCCUGUUGACUCCUCCUCGCCUGACACUGCGCCUGGUACUUCCUACAAUGGUACCGUGAGCUCCACCAUUUCGAGCGCGUUCAACUUCGACAUUCCCUCGUCCGACUCCGGUAAAACUUGCAGCCUGGUAUUCCUUUUCCCCGAGCUCCAGGACCUCGAGACUUCGUCCUAUAGCUUUAGCGGUGAUGGAAAGAUCGACUUCGCUAAGCUCUCUUCCGCUGUCGACGAGUCUACUACCUUUAACAACCUGCCUUCUGUGUCCCAGGACCUCGGCGACAUAACCGUUUCCCCCGGUAACUCAUACGUCAUCUCUACCUUCGCUUGUCCUGGCGGCCAGACUGUCGCCUUCGAGAUGAAGAACUCUGGAAGCACCUACCUUAACUUCUUCGAAGACUACAACCCCUCUCCUCUCGGUCUUUACAUCACCACCUGCUAG